CCCCUCUGAAGGCCGGCGAUCGGAGAUCGUCGUCCCCCCACACACAGACACACCGGGAACUGGGUUGGGUGUCGCGUGUCGAUGGGAACUCGCGGCAACUGGUGGACGGACGUGGCCCUGGGCGACUUUGGAGGCUGUGCAAAGUAUAGUGCUAGAAGUACAUAGGGAACCGGGAGAAGACGGCUCACCGAUAACACGCUGACGGAGGGCACGCUUCGGAGACGUGAUGGCUGCGAUCCUGUGGAUCUGCGGGCUGCUCCUUGCAACGCUUGCAUGGGCCGAUGGACGUGCCGUGCCUCAUCAUCGGCAGCGUGGAGAAGGCGUCCGUCGGCUGCACAACGUGACACUCGAUAGCAACUUUACGGUGGGUUCCGCCUCCGGAGAACUACUACUGGACGGGUGUCAGGUGGAUCACUUCGAGGCGAGUCUCUUCGAGCUGCUAGGACAAACCGGAAGCCUCACCCUGCACGGUGGACACAUUCCCCGGGUGACUUACGCUUCGCCCUCCCUCGACACAAUCGUGGUGGACGCGACGGGUCUCGAGGAGUUUGACGUGGACCCGACGCUGGUUCCGCUGACCAGCCUGCGGACCUUGCAGAUAUCGCGCAACUCCCUGGCGAGGAUCAGCCCACGGAUCGGUCUGCUGGUGGGAUUGCGGCGGUUGGAUCUUUCCCAGAAUCGCCUGACGCACGUUGAGCUGGAUCCGUUCGCGGGGAUGCCUCGAUUGCGCGAUCUGGAUCUGUCGGUCAAUCGGAUCCUGUGGGUUGGCGUUACAACCCCCGGCACGCGUCUACCGAGCGUCCACAACCUGUGGGUAAGCUACAACCGGUUGCGAACGUUCGACGACUUUCCGGAGGCGCUCCCGGCGCUGGUGUCCGUGCGGUUGAUCGGGAAUUCGUGGAACUGCGCCUGGGUAGACCGGGCGCGGAGUGAUAUCAUGCGCCGCGGGAUCACGGCGUUCGGUGCUGAUUACGAUUGCCCCGGCGAGCGUCAGGGAGGUCUGUGUUGUGACGUCACCAACGUGGGAGACGUCACGGGGGCACAGUCCAGCCCAGAGUCGGUGGUAGAGUUGCAGGUGGCCACCAAUCGGACCGGAGCGUCCGUCGGUGUGCGUUACGGUGAUGUGGAAAUAUUUUUAUGAUGUGCUAUUAUUUUGCUGUUAUGUUGGGUAAGAAACAAGCCACUGGCUCGAGGGUACGGCUUGAUAAUCACUUUCGCGCAGGGCGUAAAGUAGAGAUUAGGAAUACUUUUAAAGACCGUUCGAAGUGCUCGAAGAGGCUUAAAGUCUAUGAUUAUUGGUCAUCGUAUCAGACGUUACAAUAAUAAACAUUAAACAUAAAA